UUUCACGAAACGGGAUUAAAGUAGUAAACUUAAAGGAAUAUAUACCACUACUAACGUUUGGAUCGAUGUCUGCAUCGAUCUGCACACCCUUGUCUUCUGGAUCCUGGGUGAGAUCAGCGUGAACCACGUGGGUCUCUGCUCCCUGAUCCGUUUCCUGUGUUAAGACUUAAGACUUCCAGCUUCAUCACGGAGUUUCUCUCGGUUUGUGGGCUCAUCUAAAGGAACAGGAAGUGAUACUCUACCACAAAGCGAGUGAACACCACGUGACAGCGCCACCAAGAGGGGAGUGCAAGGCACUACAGAGGAAACAAUGUCUUCAACACAAAAGGACCAACAUGGAGCGAGAAGUCAGCGCUCUCAGGAGGCUGACAAACGUCACAGAAGAAAGGGACAGAAAACAUACAGAUGUGAUGAGUGUGGGAGGAAUUUUACCUGGGCUGAAAGACUAAAAAGACACCGACUCAUCCACAGUGGAGUUCAACCUUACAGCUGUGACUUGUGUGGAAAGUCUUUUACUGAGGCUGGAGGCUUAAAAACACACCAACUGAUCGACAGUGGAGUUAAACCUUACAGCUGUGAUUUAUGUGGAAAAUCUUUUACCAAGGCUGGAGCCUUAAAAACACAUCGACUCAUCCACAGUGGAGUUAAACCUUACAGCUGUGACUUGUGUGGAAAGUCUUUUACCCAGGUUGGAAGCUUAAAUAGACACCAAAUCAUCCACAGUGGAGUUAAAUCAUACAACUGUGACUUGUGUGGAAAGUCUUUUACAGAGGCUGGAGGCUUAAAAAAACACCAACUCAUCCACAGUGGAGUUAAACCUUACAGCUGUGACUUGUGUGGAAAGUCUUUUACCGAGGCUGGAGGCUUAAAAAAACACCAACUCAUCCACAGUGGAGUUAAACCUUACAGCUGUGACUUGUGUGGAAAGUCUUUUACCGAGGCUGGAGGCUUAAAAACACACCAACUGAUCCACAGUGGAUUUAAACCUUACAGCUGUGACUUGUGUGGAAAGUCUUUUACCCAGGCUGGAAGCUUAAAAAGACACCAACUCAUCCACAAUGGAGUUAAAGCAUACAACUGUGACUUGUGUGGAAAGUCUUUUACAGAGGCUGGAGGCUUAAAAAAACACCAACUCAUCCACAGUGGAGUUAAACCUUACAGUUGUGACUUGUGUGGAAAGUCUUUUACCGAGGCUGGAGGCUUAAAAAAACACCAACUCAUCCACAGUGGAUUUAAACCUUACAGCUGUGACUUGUGUGGAAAGUCUUUUACCGAGGCUGGAGGCUUAAAAACACACCAACUGAUCCACAGUGGAUUUAAACCUUACAGCUGUGACUUGUGUGGAAAGUCUUUUACCCAGGCUGGAAGCUUAAAAAGACACCAACUCAUCCACAGUGGAGUUAAAGCAUACAACUGUGACUUGUGUGGAAAGUCUUUUACAGAGGCUGGAGGCUUAAAAAAACACCAACUCAUCCACAGUGUAGUUAAAGCACACUACUGUGACUUGUGUGGUAAGGCUUUUGCUCAAAGUAGAAACUUACAGAAGCAUCUAGUUACCCACUUCUGGAAUUAAGGCGUAUAGCUGCAACUGUUGUGGAAAAAGUUUCAGUUAGAAACACUACCGAAAUAUUCACAUACAGAUUCACACUGGAAAUAGGGCUGCCACAAACGAUUAUUUUGAUCGUCGACUAGUCACCAAUUAUUUUUGUGAUUAGUCGACUAAUCAGAUCAUGCAUCCAUUGGACGUAAAAUGUACAGCUUAUUACACCAGCAUGCAUCUGCUCUUAUAUAACUAUCAUUAGCUUAAAACUUUAAGUGUUUUUAAGGUAUGUGCUAACUAAAAAUAAAGACAAGAUGAUAGUUUAUUACAUUUUAAUGACAUUUGCAGAUUGUUUCGAUAGAGUUUAAUAAACUCAGCCAUCUGCUCCUUGCUAUGUAAAAUAUAACAGGAGACCGGAGUAUAUUCUUGAGCAUCUCACAAUUCUGAUAAUCAGUUGUCUGCUUGACGUUUAUUCAGCUGUGUAAAAACUAUAACUUUAAUCUCAGCUAAACUGAUUUACUCAGGAACAAAUAAAAUAUUGAAAAAAAACAAACAAUAACAUUUUUAAGUUAUCUAUGUGACUUAUGUAUCAUGUUUGACCUGAGUAGCGAAAGACGGCGGUGGGUUUGAAAACGAUUUGCCGGGAGUCCGGUGUUCUCAGCGGCUCCAGUGAGCCUUGAACCCCGGUUAGCCAUCGAGCUGGUGGGUAACAGACGUCUCCGAAAACGUCAGAGCGCUUUUGAAAAUAUGUGGUGUGUUGAUAAACUGAGCAGAUAUUUGAGGUUUACACAGUUACAUUCUCGCCUGAAAAUAUGUUAAUCGUUAAUUUUGUGACCCAGAAAGUAUAAUAAGAGUAAUAUUAAAACGAACUAGCUGCCGGCAUUGUUGACAACUGAGCUGGGCGGCGCUAUGAAUUCUGGGACCCAGCUGCUUCUUCUUCUUCUUUGGGGAGUAACGGCAGCUGGCAUCCUUGUACAUGCAGUGCUGCCAUCUUCUGUUUCAGUCCGUUAUUACACUCUCAAAUCCUACUACUUAUUCCUGCGUCUUUUCGGAUCUUACAAAGCUUCAAACGACGCACCGACUAUUAAAUUAGUCGUCGACGAUUUUAAUAGUCGACGUAAUCGUGACUAGUCAACUAAUCGUGGCAGCCCUAACUGGAAAUUAUGUUUACUGCUGUGAUCAGCAUGGAAAACAUUUUACAACAGAUGCACAGUUACAACAACGCAUGUUUACCCACACUGUGGAGAGACCUUAUAAAUGUGACCUGUGUGAGAAGACUUUUAAAGCUCCAACAGAUCCACACCAGAAUGUAAAUCUACAAGUGCAGUUACCGUGAGGAUGUAUUGAUUUUUAUCUAGUAAUUUCAACCCUGUCAUCACUGUGGUGGUGGGAAAGAGUUUCUCUGUGACCUUUGUGGAAAACCUUCCAAUCAUCAACGGGACCUAAAACCACAUCAACGUAGACAUACUGGAAACAAUAUGAACUACUGCAAAGAAUGUGGGAGAGGCUUCCACACACCAAAUACAUUAAAAAAUACAUGAACUCUUCCACAGUGGGGUGAAAAAGCACAUCAGUGACUACUGUGGGCCAUCCUUCACCACUGCAUGUGAGCUUAAAGAAAAAGCAUAAGCGAAUCCACACAGAAGAGACACCAUACAAGUGCAGACACUGUGACAAAAGCUUCUCACAAUCAGGUCAUCAUAACAAACAUGAACGUACACACAUGGAAGUGAACUUCAGCUGUGACCAGUGUGACAAGAGCUUCAGGAAUCUCAGUUCAUACUCCAAACACAAACGAUCCCAGACUGUAAAUAAACUGUUUCACUGUUACCAAUGUGCAAAAACAUUCACUUCAUUAUCUGCUCUGUGCAAACAUCAGCCUGAUCAUGCAGGACUGUAUAGAUAUGUGUAUCAAAUUUAUGUUUUUUUCUUUCAGGGAUUUUAAUUCUCUAAAAUGUUAUCCCUGUUACAUUUUAAUCUAUG